GGCUUGAAGACCCAGCAACUAAAUCCAAAAACCGGAAGUAAGUUUCUGAAUUAAGUUAGCUGCAACAGCCAUUGGACAACCCUAUUUUCAGGGCAUCCGCCAUAAUAGUGUUCGGAGAUCACCAUUCUUCCUUAAAGGCUUAGUUACUGAAAAAAAGAAAGAAGCAUGCCACCAAAGAGAAAAGCAGCCGCAUCCUCCAAGGCUCGGGGAAAGAAGAUCAAGGAGGAACAAGAGGCUCCCAAGGACGCCUUCCAAACUGCCAAAGAAGCUUUGAAAUCAGCAGCACCACUGGAGAAAUCUCAAAGGAAUGUUGAUAGCCACUGUGACUUACCAGCUGAGGUAGUUGAAGACUACGAUUGCAUGCUCAAUCAGACCAAUAUUGGCAAUAAUAACAACAAGUUCUACGUCAUUCAAGUCCUAAAAUCAACACAAGGGUACAUUUGUUGGACAAGAUGGGGGAGAGUGGGGGAGGUAGGUGCCUCCAAACCUGGUCACUUCCCAGAAAAGGAAAAGGCAAUAAAAGAAUUUGAGAAGAAGUUUAAAGAGAAAACAAAGAACAACUGGAGUGAGCGCCAGACUUUUAUCACUUACCCGGGAAAGUACACCCUGAUUGAAGUGGAUGGGGAUGAUGAUGCUGAGGUGAAGGUGGAUACUGUUGAUGCGGCCCAACCCAAAGUGCCAAGCAAUGCCCUUCCCUGCACCUUGGAUGUUCCUACGCAGGAGCUGAUUGACCUGAUCUUCAGCAAGCAAAUGUUCCAGGAAGCCAUGGAAGCCAUGAACCUGGACAUCAAGAAGAUGCCUUUAGGAAAGCUCAGCAAGAGUCAGAUUGCGAAGGGCUUCGAGGUGAUAGAAGAGCUUGAGGCGGCGGUGAAGAGUGGCUCUAACCAGAAGAGCCUGGAGGAGCUCUCGUCCCGCUUCUUCACCAUAGUCCCCCACAACUUCGGCCGAUGUAGGCCACCCGUCAUCAUGGAUGCCGAGGUCAUUGAAAAGAAGAAGGAGAUGCUCCUGGUUCUUGCUGAUAUUGAAGUGGCCCAGAGUCUGCAGGCAGAGUCGGGGAAGCCUCAGGAGGUGGAGACGGUGCCUCAUCCUUUAGACAAGGACUAUCAGUCUCUAAAUUGCACCCUCAGCUCAUUAAAAAGCGAUACAGAGGAAUUUAAGGUCAUUCAGAAAUACUUGGAUGCCACAGCAGGACGCUACAGGAAUCCUGAGAUUGUGGAUGUAUGGAAAGUGGACAGAGAAACAGAGGCCAAGCGUUUCAAGAAGCAUGACCAUCUGGAGAACCGGCGACUUCUCUGGCACGGCACCAAUGUGGCUGUGGUGGCUGCCAUCUUGAAGGGCGGCCUGCGUAUCAUGCCACACUCCGGAGGCCGCGUGGGCAAAGGCCUCUACUUUGCCUCUGAGAACUGCAAGUCAGCCAGUUAUGUCUCUACUUCCCAGGGCUUUGGAUUGAUGUUCCUCAAUGAGGUGGCCUUGGGUAAGGAGCAUACCAUCACCAGUGAUGACAGUUCCUUGAAAAAGCCCCCUCCAGGCUUCGACUCUGUUGUGGCCAGAGGCUCCCAAGAACCAGAUCCUUCCAAGGACAUCUCCAUCACUCUGGAUGGCAAGGAAGUGGCCGUUCCUCAUGGCCCUGCCAUACCGCAGUCUAAAUACGAUGACAGCUACUUCUCCAACAGCGAGUACCUGGUUUACCAGGAGAGCCAGUGCUGCAUGCGCUAUCUCCUCAAGCUCAAAAUGUAGCGAGCGCUCUCGUCCCAACACAGGAGAAUGAGGAGGAACAUCUUCAAUUACCUGCUCUGUUUUCCAGUCCUCUGUGCCUUGCCUCUUCAUAUCUAAUGAUUAUGAUCAUUAUUUUUUAUUUCAUUUAGCUACUGGCUUAAGUGCAAUAUUUACCUGUGUUAGCUCACUAUGUCUUCCAGCAAAGCCUGGUGUGUGUGAAGGAUGAAGAGUUAUGUAUCUCACUGACAUGUGUUCUCAUACUGCUCCCUGUAUAGUCAAACUGAAUACUGAGCAAAGCUUACAAAGUUUGAUGGUAUAUGGCUGCUUGAUAUUUGUCUAGCCUUAUGCUGAAUGAAAGAUAGUUCUCUCUCUUUUUUUUUGUAAUUUGUUGUGGUACAACAAGUUUGCAGGAAGACCUAUACGAUUGUAUGCAUGGGUUUAUGCUUAAGGGUUGUGUGAUGUAUAAUAGAGUUGAAUCAACCUGUCCCCUGAUGACACCUGAGAUGUCUGGUUCACAGUGGUAAGUUCAUGGGGUACCAGAGAAUGCUUGUUCAAAGAGACCUGAAGAUGGCACUGUUGAGGUCCAUUAAACUGUUAAACCAA